AUCAAUAGGGAAAACCCAGAGAAAGGGCAGUUUUUCACAUUUUCUAACUUUUCUAUCCUUUUUUCCGGGAUGUUCCAUCGAGUUUUUGCAGCAUUUUUGUGCACAAAAUAGUUCGUAAGUUCCUCGCAAAUGACCUCAGUGUGGAAUUUUGUGUGAAAGUUUGCAGAAUACAUCGGUUUUUGUGCUCAUUAAGAUUUCUUAUCAACCCAAAACCCAAAGGCAAGAAGGCCUCUGGCUGCGAGAGUGGUUCUCCUGUUCUUCUUUUUUUUUUACUCGCAUUCAGCUUGCACACCUCCGGGGAAUUCCAGAGGGUGACGUGUGGAAUAUCUUUUUCCCCUUUCACAAACCCCAUACGUUCUCAUUGUGCUGCAACCAACAAAAGCCGUGUGUUUGGAAUUGGAAUUGCGGAAAGUGAAGACUCCGUCUUUAUGGGAUUAAUUUCAUUUUCUCCUUACGCCAAACAGGACGAAGAGGACGAGUACAAAAAGACGUAAAACAUCGCAGACUUUGCUUCAAAAGAUUUUCAUUGUGUGUGAUUUUUUUUUAAUCAAUUUUGUGAAUUUAAAGGAUGUUUUGAAGCCAUUUUUAAGGGCGUUAUACCCACAAGUAAAAAAAAAAAGUAUUUUCUUUAAAAAAAAAUGAAGUGCUGACAAAAUUUUGCAUUUGUGAAAAAUUUACCAACAAAAAACAGAAGACAGGAUAGGAAGCCAAAGAAAGGAAUAUUUGGGGGAUUUGGAUAAGCUACGGGAAACAUGGACAAAGAAGCCGAAAAUGCUCAGCUGAAGAAGGCUCUCGAGUGGGAAUUGUCCCUGGAUUCGCGUGAUUUGCGUUCACAUGCAUGGUAUCAUGGCCCCAUUCCACGGCAACGUGCCGAGGAGAUUGUUAAGAGGGACGGUGACUUCCUCAUACGCGAUUGUGCAUCACAGCCGGGAAAUUUUGUCCUGACAUGCAGGACAAAGUCUGGGAUUCUGCACUUUGUCAUCAACAAGGUGACCAUCCAGAAGGACACUGUGUACGAGAGGGUGCAGUAUCAGUUUGAGGAUGAUGCCUACGAUACCGUUGCUGACCUCAUUACCUUCUACGUGGGCUCUGGGAAGGCUGUUUCAGCUGCUUCUGGGGCACGUAUCCAAUUUCCAUGCAAUCGUCUCUACCCACUGUCUUUCUAUGUGGCCAAAUACACGCAACCCAUCGUCACGGGGACUCCCACUGGUACACCACAACCCCCACCUACUCCGGGGUGUCGAUACAAUCCGUACAAUCAGCAAAUUGGGAACCACAGGAGCCCCGUUUCGUCACCACCACGGACAAAGAGGGAUGUUCCACCGAGAUUGCCGAGCAAGAAGCAAAGAUCACAGAGUUUGACUCCAAUCCAACCGAGUGCGGGGCAGAAGCAGGAGAAGUACAGCAGCGCCGAUGGGAUUAUCAAUGGAUCGGGAUCUAGUGAGGACAGCGGCAGCUCCAUUAUGACACGUUCUGUCGAGGAGAAACCUCCGGGAACAUUUCCACGCAACAUCUCAUCCACAUUCCCACGUACAACGAGCUGCGAUAAAUCCCUGUCGCCUUGUAUGGAGCAGAAGGUGUCACCGGAUGAGAAGGAAAACACCGCACCGAGUCCACCACCGAAACCCGCUCGUGGACUCAAGGAAGCCCCUCCUGAACCCCAGCGUCCCCUCUAUCGUCACCCAUCAUACCAUGCAAGUGGCUCAGAUUCCGGGAAUGGUUCCGGUGAUUCAGCUCAAAGCUCCGUGGCUGGAGAGGAUCUCAUACAGCAUCGUGGUGUGGUGAUACGGAAUCCGAGAUUUAUUCCCAAUUCAGCUUCAUCGGUGACGCUGAAAUGCUACGUUGAGAUGGAUCCUAUUGCUGCUGAAGAAGCUCUCCUUGCUAUGGAUAUUCCACGCGUGGAUCCUGUUUCGCGAUUCGAUGUGGAGGCUUUUGAGACUCUCCUCCUGCCUGCAGUGGACAACAAACCUUUGGAUUCGGGAGCUUUGGACACAUUCAAGAUGAUGCUAGCGGAGAAUGGGCCUACAAUCCUUGCCAAUCAUCUCACACGCGUUGACAUUAAGCUUAUCCUGGGAGAGGAACAUCUAGGACGGCGGGGGCUUGAAUGUUUAGGCCUGGAAAUGAUUACUCUGCCACAGGGGAGACAAUUUCGACAGGAUCUCAUCGAGAGAACCGAAUGCCUUCGACUUCUCGUGGCUGUGACCAUUCUCACGUGCCCCACGGAUGAGGAACGCACGGAAAUUCUCAAUAAAUGGAUUCUCGUGGCGUUAGACACAAAAACCGCCAUGGGGAACCUCUUUGGGUUCUGCGGCAUCAUGCUGGGACUCUGCAUGCCGCAAAUUCAACGAAUGGAACCCAUUUGGCAUUCCCUCAGGCAGCACUACACUGAGAGUGCUUUCACGUUUGAAGCAAAGCUCAGGCCUACGCUCAAGAGCAUGAAUGACUGCUCAAAUCCACAAGCACCCAACACAUGCCUACCCCAUAUGCUGCCGUAUGUUCUUCUGAAAGAUCGCCGAGUUGAUGAAGUUCUUGGCCAAAAUCCGACGUCUUCCCCGCUAAUUAGCGCCUGCAUUGCUCCCUGGGAGAGCUCAGCCAGUGACUUUGGGUUGUCAAUCUUCAGUUCACACCUCGAUGCUGGACGCAAUUUUGCCACGAAUCUUCCAACGUAUCGCCGGAAUGCGCAGAUGAUUCUUCAAGAUUCCAGCAUUCGCUUAGAUGAGCUCCUCGAGGAUGCUUUUAGAACUGAAUUCCACAUGAAGUUCCUUUGGGGCAGCAAGGGAGCCCUAACCCCUGCAAAGGAUCGCCAUGCAAAGCUUGAGCAGAUUUUGACGCUUAUGUCGGAAAAAUACUGCAGCACGCGCCAGCUAAAUGAUCCCAUUUAAAGUGGCUUUAUGGGCUGAAUUUAACUUUUAGCCCCUCGAGUUUUAAAUAAGCCCCAUCUACCGUUUAAUCAAAUCUAGUCAGUCUGAAGUGAGUAUAAAAGUCAAAAAAGCACAGAAAAAAUGAAUUUUUUUCUCCUAAAAAUGAAAUGAUAUUCACACGACAAAUAAUAAAUUAUUGAAAAAAAAAAUUUUUAUAAAAAGAAAAAAUAAAUCACGUUGUAUGUAUGAAAAGUAAUUUAGAAGGAGAAAAUGGGGAAUUUUGCAAUUUCAUAUUAAUCUAUUAUAAAAAUUAUAUAAAAAAAAUAUCGAUGAAAAAAAAAGAAUUUAGAUGAGUAUUUAGAAUAUUUAUAAAUUUUACUAAAUAGCUAAAAGACAAAGAUCAUUUCUUGUAUAUUCCAUUUUGUUUAUUCAGUGAUUAUAUCCUCAUUUUGAACAAUGUCA